GCCCCGCCCGGCCCGCGCACCAUGGCCAAGCCCGCCGGCAAAGACUCGGGCCUGAGGGAGAAGUUCAAGACUCUGCUGGGCCUGGGCACCCCGCGGCCGCACCCCCGGUCUGCGGAGGGCAAGCACACGGAGUUCGUCAUCACCGGCGAGAUCCUGAGGGAACUCAGCAUCGAGUGUGGUCUCAACAAUCGCAUCCGAACGAUAGGGCAGAUCUGUGAAGUUGCAAAAACUAAGAAAUUUGAAGAGCACGCGGUGGAGGCGCUCUGGAAGGCCGUCGCGGACCUGCUGCAGCCGGAGCGGCCGCCGGAGGCCCGGCACGCGGUGCUGGCCCUGCUCAAGGCCAUCGUGCAGGGGCAGGGCGACCGCCUGGGCAUCCUCCGGGCCCUCUUCUUCAGGGUCAUCAGGGACUACCCCUCCAACGAGGACCUCCACGAGCGGCUGGAAGUGUUCAAGGCGCUCACAGACAACGGGAGGCACAUCACCUACUUGGAGGAAGAGCUGGCCGAGUUUGUCCUGCAGUGGAUGGAUGUCGGUCUGUCCUCGGAGUUCCUCUUGGUGCUCGUGAACCUGGUCAAGUUCAACAGCUGUUACUUGGACGAGCACAUCUCGGCAAUGGUGAACAUGAUCUGCCUGCUGUGUGUCCAGACCGUGUCUUCCGUGGACAUAGAGGUAUCGCUGCAGGUGCUGGACGCCGUGGUCUGCUACAACCGCCUGCCCGCCGAGAGCCUCCCGCUCUUCCUCGUCACGCUCUGCCGCACCGUGAACGUCAAGGAGCUCUGCGAGCCCUGCUGGAAGCUGAUGCGUAACCUCCUGGGCACCCACCUGGGCCACAGUGCCAUCUGCAACAUGUGCCGCGUCAUGGAGGACAGAGCGUACAUGGAGGACGCCCCGCUGCUAAGGGGAGCCGUGUUCUUUGUCGGCAUGGCGCUCUGGGGGGCCCACCGACUCUAUUCCCUUAAGAACUCCCCGACAUCAGUGUUGCCGUCUUUCUACGAGGCCAUGACCUGCCCCAACGAGGUGGUGUCCUACGAGAUCGUCCUUUCCAUCACCAGGCUCGUUAAGAAGUACAGGCGGGAGCUGCAGGCUGUGACGUGGGACAUCCUGCUGCGCAUCAUGGAGCGCCUGCUGCAGCAGCUGCAGUGCCUGGACAGCCCGGAGCUCAGGGCCAUUGUCCACGAUCUGCUCACCACGGUGGAGGAGUUGUGUGACCAGAACGAGUUCCACGGCUCACAGGAGAGAUACUUUGAGCUCGUUGAGAGAUGUGCGGACCAGAGGCCGGAGUCGUCCCUCCUGAACCUGAUCACCUAUAGAGCUCAGUCCAUCCACCCCGCCAAGGACGGCUGGAUCCGCAGCCUACAGGCGCUGAUGGAGAGGUUCUUCAGGAGCGAGUGCCGCAGCGCUGUGCGGAUCAAGGCGUUGGAUGUGCUGUCUUUCGUGCUGCUCAUCAACCGGCAGUUCUAUGAGGAGGAGCUCAUCAACUCCGUGGUCAUCUCGCAGCUCUCCCACAUCCCUGAGGACAGGGACCCCCAGGUGCGGAAGCUGGCUACUCAGCUGCUGGUGGACCUGGCUGAGGGCUGCCACACGCACCACUUCAACAGCCUGCUGGACAUCAUCGAGAAGGUGAUCGCCCGCUCGCUCUCGCCACCCCCCGAGCUGGAGGAGCGGGACGUGGCUGCCUACUCGGCCUCCCUGGAGGAUGUGAAGACGGCGGUCCUGGGGCUCCUGGUCAUCCUCCAGACCAAGCUCUACGCCCUGCCUGCCGGCCACGCCACCCGCGUCUACGAGAUGCUGGUCGGCCACCUGCAGCUGCACUACGUGCACAGCUACACCCUGCCCGUUGCCAGCAGCAUCCGGCUGCGGGCCUUCGACUUCCUGCUGCUGCUGCGCGCGGACUCACUGCACCGCCUGGGCUUGCCCAGCAAGGACGGACUCGUGCGCUUCAGCCCCUACUGCCUCUGCGACUCCGCGUGCGUGGAGCCUGAGCGGGGCCCUGAGAAGAAGACCAGCGGCCCCCUGUCGCCUCCCACCGGGCCUCCCAGCCCCGCGACGCCGGGCCCGGCUGUGCGACUGGCCUCCCUGCCCUACUCCCUGCUGUUCCGUGUGCUGCUGUGGUGCUUGAAGCAGGAGACCGACUGGAAGGUGCUGAAGCUGGUGCUGAGCAAGCUGCCUGAGGCGCUGCGCUACAAGGUCCUCAUCUUCACCUCACCCUGCAGCGUGGACCAGCUGUCCUCUGCCCUCUGCGCCAUGCUUUCAGUUCCCAAGACACUCGAGCGGCUGCGAGGCACCCCGGAAGGCUUCUCCAGAACUGACCUGCACUUGGCCGUGGUCCCCGUACUGACGGCCUUGAUCUCCUACCACGGCUACUUGGACAAGGCCAGGCAGCGGGAGAUGGUGUACUGCCUGGAGCAAGGCCUCAUCUUCCGCUGCGCCAGCCAGUGCGUGGUGGCGCUAGCCAUCUGCAGCGUGGAGAUGCCCGACAUCAUGGUCAAGGCGCUGCCCGUGCUGGUGGUGAAGCUCACGCACAUCUCCGCCACGGCCAGCAUGGCCAUCCCCCUGCUGGAGUUCUUGUCCACUCUGGCCAGGCUGCCGCACCUCUACAGGAACUUCGCGGCCGAGCAGUACGCCAGCGUGUUUGCCAUCGCCCUGCCCUACACCAACCCCUCCAAGUUCAACCAGUACAUCGUGUGCCUGGCCCACCACGUCAUCGCUAUGUGGUUCAUCAGGUGCCGCCUGCCCUUCCGCAAGGACUUCGUCCCCUUCAUCACCAAGGGCCUGCGCUCCAACGUUCUCAUGUCCUUCGACGACACCCCCGAGAAGGACAGCUUCAGAGCCCGGAGCACCAGUCUCAACGAGAGGCCCAAGAGUUUGAGGGUAGCCAGGCCCCCCAAACAAGGCCUGAACAACUCCCCACCCGUGAAAGAACUCAAGGAGAGCUCUGCAGCCGAGGCCUUCCGGUGCCGCAGCGUCAGUGUGUCUGAACACGCGGCCCGCAGGAUACACACGUCCCUCACCAGCGCCAGCCUGGGGUCUGCGGACGAGAGCUCCGUGGCCCAGGCCGACGACAGCCUGAAGAACCUCCACCUGGAGCUCACGGAGACGUGUCUGGACAUGAUGGCCCGAUACGUGUUCUCCAACUUCACGGCGGUGCCCAAGAGGUCCCCGGUGGGAGAGUUCCUUCUGGCCGGCGGCAGGACCAAGACUUGGCUGGUCGGGAAUAAACUGGUCACCGUGACAACCAGUGUGGGCACCGGAACCCGCUCCCUGCUGGGCCUGGACUCGGGCGAGCUGCAGGGCAGCCCGGACCUGAGCUCCGACCCCGGCGCACGUGUGCGCCACACGAAGGAGGCGCCAGCCAAGCUGGAGUCCCAGGCUGGGCAGCAGGUGGGCCGCGGGGCCCGGGACCGGGUGCGCUCCAUGUCCGGGGGCCACGGCCUGCGAGUUGGUGCCCUGGACGCCCCAGCUUCCCACUUCCCCUGCGGCCCCACUUCCCCGGGAUCACAGACCGUGCCAGCCAGCCGGCCCGAAGUGCCCGAGGGCUCCCCGCAUCCGGCGCGGAGGAAGACAAACCUGGCGGCCUACGUGCCCCUGCUGACCCAGGGCUGGGCAGAGAUCCUGGUCCGCAGGCCCACAGGGAACACCAGCUGGCUGAUGAGUUUGGAGAACCCGCUGAGCCCCUUCUCCUCGGACAUCGACAACAUGCCCCUGCAGGAGUUGUCCAACGCCCUCAUGGCCGCCGAGCGCUUCAAGGAGCGGCGCGACACGGCCCUGUACAAGUCGCUGUCCAUGCCCGCCGCUGGCUCUGCCAAGCCGCCCCCGCCCCCGCGCUCCAACACAGACUCUGCCGUGGUCCUGGAGGAGGGAAAUGCUGGCGGGGUGCACCUGGCCGCUGAGCCCCCGGACCUGGAGGACUUUGAGGCCACCCCAGGCGUGGACAGGCGCUGCGAGCGUGCCACGGAUUACAGCAGGUCCUCGUCGACCUCCAGCCAGGAGGAGAAGUCGUUCCGCGGGGAGGAGCCGGCAGCCGGGGGGAUCCCCAUCGAGCGGGCCGUGUCCUCUGAGGGAGCCCGGCCCACUGCAGACCUCGCCUUCCAGCCCUCGCAGCCCCUGAGCAAGUCCAGCUCCUCGCCGGAACUGCAGAGCCUGCAGGACGUCCUCGGGGACCCCGGGGACAAGGCUGACCUCGGCCGGCUGAGCCCCGAGGCCAAAGCCCGGUCACAGUCCGGGACCCUGGACGGGGAAAGCGCCUCCUGGUCAGCCUCGGGGGCAGACAGCCAGGGCCUGGGCCCACCCCAGCCCGAGGGCCCCUCGCCUGCCAGCUGCCCCCGCUCCCCCAGCGGCCUGCGGCCCCGAGGCUACACCAUCUCCGACUCGGCCCCGUCCCGCAGGGGCAAGAGGGUGGAGCGGGAUGCCCUAAAGAGCAGAGCCGGGGCCGCCAACGCUGAGAAGGUGCCUGGCAUCAACCCCAGCUUCGUGUUCCUGCAGCUCUACCACUCGCCCUUCUUCGGGGAUGAGUCCAACAAGCCGAUCCUUCUGCCCAACGAGACCUUCGAGCGGUCCGUGCAGCUCCUCGACCAGAUCCCGUCCUACGACACGCACAAGAUCGCCGUCCUGUACGUGGGCGAAGGCCAGAGCAGCAGCGAGCUCGCCAUCCUGUCCAACGAGCACGGCUCCUACCGGUACACGGAGUUCCUGACGGGGCUGGGCCGGCUCAUCGAGCUCAAGGACUGCCAGCCUGACAAGGUGUACCUGGGCGGCCUGGACGUGUGCGGCGAGGACGGCCAGUUCACCUACUGCUGGCACGAUGACAUCAUGCAAGCGGUCUUCCACAUCGCCACGCUGAUGCCCACCAAGGACGGGGACCGGCAGCGCUGCGACAAGAAGCGCCACCUGGGCAACGACCUCGUGUCCAUCGUCUACAACGACUCUGGCGAGGACUUCAAGCUGGGCACCAUCAAGGGCCAGUUCAACUUCGUGCACGUGAUCAUCACCCCCCUGGACUACGAGUGCAACCUGGUGUCGCUGCAGUGCAGGAAAGACAUGGAGGGCCUCGUGGACACCAGCGUGGCCAAGAUCGUGUCUGACCGGAACCUGCCCUUCGUGGCCCGCCAGAUGGCCUUGCACGCCAACAUGGCCUCCCAGGUGCACCACAGCCGCUCCAACCCCACCGACGUCUAUCCCUCCAAGUGGAUCGCCCGCCUGCGCCACAUCAAGCGGCUGCGCCAGCGGGUGCGCGAGGAGGCCCACUACGCACACCCCAGCCUGCCCUUGGUGCACCUGCCGGGCCACGCCAAGGCACCGGCGCAGGCCCCAGCCGAGCCCACGCCCGCCCACGAGACCGGCCAGCGCAGGCGCCUCAUCUCCUCUGUGGACGACUUCACGGAGUUCGUGUGAGCCGCCCGCCUCCCCCGGCCUGCCCGCCCCGCGCCCCGCGCCGCCGACCGGUGCGGAUGAAAUAAAGGGGCCGCGCGGCCGGGCCCACCCCGGCACUCAGACUCGGCCGUUGCUCAGCCAACACGUUUAUUUGACUUCGUCAGUCGGGGUGGGGUGCUGGGGAGCGGCGGCUGCACCCACAGACACGGUCAGGCUGGGCCUCGCAGCCCUGUCCCGGGAGCCAGCCCCCGGGGGGGCGUCUUUGCCUCGCUCCUUGCUCAGCCCUGCGCCAGCAGCCGUUGGUCUCAGGGCUGGCCCGGGGCAGGUGUUGGGGGGCGGCCAGUGCUAUUGUCCGGGGUGUCCCUGGGCUGUGGGGGACGGCAAGCCCCGCCCGAGCGAAACUUGAGGACGUACAAAAAUAUAUACAUUUCCAGACCCUUAUAAAUUACAGGCGCU